UGAUGUUUGCGGAAGUACGUCCACGAGUUUCAAGGGUUUGACGGCAUGUCUGUGUCGGUGUCUCCUCCAUAACAUUUAACCUGUGCUUAAUGCUAUUAGCUCACAGAGAGGGGACACUCUCCGUGAGCAUGGCUCGACCUCUGCAGGUCCUCUCCCUCCUCUCCAGGCUGGGUGCUCUGUCAGGGAUCCCCUCAGCUUCCACUAACUACUGUCGGUUUGCAAGCAGAGGUGUCCAAGGCAGUAAGGCGUGGAUGGGACAGAGCCAUGCACACAAAGACAGAGGACAGUCAAACAGAGCUUCGAGAUACAAAGACGAGACGUAUGAUGAAGAGCUUGGAUGGGAGGAUGUAGAUGAUGUAGAAGACAAGCUCCAGGCUUUGGUUGAUGAGGGGCGAAAGAGGCAGAGGACUGUGAAAUAUCAUAUCCUGAGAAGGCAGAUGACUGCACCAGGAGCUCCACAGAGGAAGCUCACCUGGGACGCUAUGGAGCAGAUCAGAUACCUGAAGCAGGAGCAACCAGAUGAGUGGACUGUAGAGCGUCUGGCUGAGGGCUUCUCUGUCACCCCUGAUGUCAUCCUGAGAGUCCUCAGGAGCAAGUUUGUCCCCACGCCGGAGAGAAAAGGCAAGCAGGAUGCUAAAUUAAUGGCUGAACUGAGCCAGCAGGUGCUGCCUUCAGGUCAUGGGAAAGGGCAGGACAGGCUGAAGCUGCCUGGAAAGCGCACAUCAGCUGUACUCCCAUCCGGAAGACAAGAAGGUGCAAUGGUGCCUGUGGCUGACCAGACUUUAAUGCUGCGAGAUGAAGUCUCACAGGCUCCUGUCACUGUUCUACCCGCCCAAGUCAGAGGGGGUAUUAGUAGAGACGCCCCAGUGACACAAUCAACAGAGGAGGACAGCACCACAAACACAAAUCCUACAAAGGAAGACAACGAGGAUGAGGAAAGUUGGGACGGACAGGUGUUGACAGAAGAAGAACUUGAGGAGUUUAUGGACAUGGAAAUGCCCACUCCUGUGAUGCAAGUUGGGAAAGAUUUCUUUGAUGCAGAGGGCAAUUUCUUGUAUAGAAUCUGAAGAUGUUUUGAGCUGAACUGUUGGCAAUAUUCUGCUUGAUGGCUUUCUGAAAGGAUAAUCACUGUGCAGGCAAAAUAAAGGAUCAAUUUCUGUACUCAG